UCCCGGAUGCCGGUAAUGUACGCAGUUGGAAUUGAGAAAUAAUUUUUCGGUUUUCUUUCAUUGAAAUGUCUGAACAAUACAUGUGUUACUGAACGCUGUAAGUGACUAGGGACUGGCGUUUCGUCGCGGAUGAAUGACGGCGGACCUUUACGUCAGAAAAUUGUAACUUUUUUAUUUCCGGGUGAAUAGGACGGGAACAAGUGAUUGACAUGGCAGGCAAUGGAGCAAGCUGUGAACAACCUCAGAAACGAGUAGGAGCGAAAGACAAACACAAUGGCAAUUCUACAGAUUCAUCCAUCAGGGAGAGGAGGCAGAAGGAUAAGGAAGAGCGCCUGUCUCUGGUGUUAUGGAGGAGGCCCAUAACCACAUUGCACUAUUUCUUUCUAGAGACCCUCAUCAAGCUAAAGGAGUGGACCUUAAAGUUAUGGCGACGACGAGGCACGGUGCUCCUGUUUUUGGUUGUGUCCUCAAUCUUCUCCAUUGCCUAUUCUACUGAGGGAACACACCAGAAGUAUGUCCAGUACCUGGAGAAGAAGUUUCUAUGGUGCGCCUAUUGGGUAGGGCUUGGAAUCCUGUCUUCUGUAGGCCUGGGGACUGGCCUUCACACCUUCCUACUCUAUUUGGGUCCUCACAUAGCUUCAGUCACUCUGGCAGCGUAUGAGUGUGGCUCCACAGACUUCCCAGAGCCUCCGUACCCAGACCAGAUUGUCUGUCCUCAGGGUGGAGGGGUGGAGGGCAGCAUAUCCCUCUGGUCGAUCAUGUCUAAGGUUCGCCUGGAGGCCUGCAUGUGGGGUGCAGGCACGGCCAUUGGGGAGUUGCCUCCAUACUUCAUGGCCAGAGCAGCCCGUCAGUCAGGAGCUGACCCAGAUGAUGAAGACUAUGAGGAGUUUGAGGAGAUGCUGGAGCAGGCAGAAACUGCCCAGGAUUUUGUCACAAGAGCAAAACUGGGAGUCCAGAAUAUGGUACAGAGAGUUGGAUUCUUUGGAAUCUUGGCUUGUGCUUCAAUCCCCAACCCUCUAUUUGACCUGGCCGGGAUAACCUGUGGUCAUUUUCUGGUACCCUUCUGGACCUUCUUUGGAGCCACACUGAUUGGGAAAGCCAUCAUCAAGAUGCACAUACAGAAACUGUUUGUUAUAAUUACCUUCAGCAAGCACAUAGUGGAGCAGAUGGUGUCACUCAUUGGGUCUGUGCCAAAAGUAGGACCCUCCUUACAGAAGCCCUUCAGUGAAUACCUGGAGGCACAGAGAAGCAAGCUGCACCACGCUGGGGAAGGCACACCGGCGGGUGAGAACUGGCUGUCGUGGAUCUUUGAGAAGGUGGUGGUGGUUAUGGUCUGUUACUUUGUCUGUUCCAUCGUCAACUCCAUGGCCCAGAGCUAUGCCAAGCGGCUGCAGCUGCAGAAGCACUCGGAGGAAAAGACCAAGUGAUGACUAGAACUGAGUGGUACGGAAAAGGCCGCUGACUGUUGUUGUCGUCGUCUCUGCUGCUGCUGAGGGUGCCCUCCGUUCAGCCUCGGCCACUUGAAACUCAACAACAAACCUCACCCUCAUCCAUCCUCAGAGAGGCUGAACACUCAAAAAACCAGGCAUUGUUAUUCUCUGUGUGUGUGCGUAUGUGUAUUUCAGAGGGUGUAUGUGCUUAUCUGUCCCUCUUCAGGUUUUUCAAUUCUCCCUCACAUCUUUCUUCUUUGUUAUGUGAUCGGUUCUCCCACCGACCUUUAAAAAAAAAGGUUACUUAUAACAGAUUAACCCUUUCAUAGACCUCAGAAGUAAAGCAGUAGCUGGAUGGUGAGUUCCAACUGUAGGCGGCGCCCGCCAGCUUCCAUGCCUUAUGUAAGAUGGAGGGUCCGACUUCCAUUGAACACAGUUCUUUCUUGAUAAGACUUGAUGUGUAUUUAAUUUUUGUUUGUUUUUUAACAGUGUGUGCAUGGAUGGUUCUCGUUGGAUUUGUGCGUACUAUGCUGGCAAAAUGAUUGUUAACAGAUGUUUUGGCUUUGGUUUUGUUUCUCUUUUCAGGGUUUCAUUUUCCUUGUAUUUUUGUCUUUUUGAACAGUUGGACCAUCUGUCUAUUUUGCUCUUGAUCUGUCAUCAGUGAGGAAAGGUUAAAAAAAAAAGCAAUAUAAAGCCCGGUUGAUGUGGUAUUGAUGGUUUGCACAUCCUGUAAAUAUUUUUUUUGACAGUAUGCGCACAUGUAUUUCUAAUGGUUUGUCUGGAUAUAACUAAACUUGAACCAAAACUUAAAAUUGAAAAUCAUUUGUUAGGUGACACUGUACACUCGGCUAACUACUCCCAUUUCUAGUCUGUACAUUUAGACUGGUCCUUGAUCAGAUCAUAUAAAAAAUGUCUUAAGUCAUUGCACUUGUUUCCAAGCCUGAGUGUCA